CCGGCCCCCGCUGCCCCGGGCCCCUGCGCGCAGCGCGCCGCUCCUGCCGCCGCAGCCGCCGCAGCCUGCAUGGGCUCCGUCCCCCCCGCGCCGCCGCCGCCGCCGCCCGGCUCUGAGAGCGCCGCCGCCGAGCAGCGACCGCGUCCAAGCCGUACUGGGUGCAAUGAAAGCUCCAUGCAGGCCUUACCAUGGAGGGCUGUGACUCGCCUGUCAUCUCCGGGAAGGACAAUGGGUGUAGCAUCCCUCAGCACCAGCAAUGGACUGAUCUCAAGAGCACCCACCUCCCCGACAAGCCCAGCAGCAUGGAGCAGUCCACAACAGAAAACCACGGGCCCCUUGACAGCCUGAGGGUCCCUUUUAAUGAACGCAUCCCAGACAGCACCAACUCAGCCGGCCCCAGCACUGAGUCCACUAGCAAAGAGGUCAGCUGCAACGAGUGCUCGGCCUCCUUUGCCAGUUUACAGACCUACAUGGAGCACCAUUGCGCCAGCGCCCGCCCACCCCCUCCGCUGAAGGAGGAGAGUGGGAGUGACAGCAGCGAGGAAGGGGACGAAGAGAGUGAUGUGGAGAACCUGGCUGGUGAAAUCGUUUACCAGCCGGAUGGCUCGGCGUACAUCGUUGAGAGCGUCAGCCAGCUGAUCCAAAGUGGGGGAGCCUGUAGCAGUGGCAAUGGCAACGGCAGUGGGGCUCUUCCUUCGCUCUUCAUGAACUCUCUACCCAGCGCUGGGGGCAAGCAAGGAGAACCCUCCUCUGCCGCACCCGUCUACCCACAGAUCAUUAAUACUUUCCACAUAGCCUCAUCCUUCGGGAAAUGGUUUGAAGGUUCAGACCAGUCCUUCCCGAAUACCUCAGCCCUGGCGGGCAUCAGCCCCGUCCUGCACAGCUUCCGCGUUUUCGAUGUGCGACACAAAAGCAACAAGGAUUACCUGAACAGCGACGGUUCUGCCAAAAGCUCCUGUGUAUCCAAAGAUGUUCCCAACAAUGUGGACCUGUCCAAAUUUGAUGGCUUUGUGCUCUACGGGAAGAGGAAGCCCAUCCUGAUGUGUUUCUUGUGUAAGCUCUCCUUUGGGUAUGUCCGCUCAUUCGUGACCCAUGCGGUACAUGAUCACCGAAUGACUCUGAGUGAGGAAGAGCGGAAAAUUCUUAGCAAUAAGAACAUCUCCGCUAUCAUCCAAGGAAUAGGCAAGGACAAGGAACCCCUUGUAAGUUUUCUGGAACCAAAAAACAAAACCUUUCAACACCCUCUUGUUUCUGCAGCUAACCUCAUAGGCCCUGGACACAGUUUUUAUGGUAAAUUCAGUGGCAUUCGAAUGGAAGGUGAACAGACUCUCCAGGCUGGGACUGCUAGUGGAACAGAGCAGCCGCAGUCAGGCAUCUUGGCACCUGGUGCGCUCCUGAACCUUGGUGGGCUGACCAGCUCGGCUCUGAAGACUCCAAUUACCUCAGUCCCCCUGGGCCCGCUGGCUUCCAGUCCUACCAAAUCCUCAGAGGGAAAGGACCCUGGGGUAGCAGAGAGCGAGAAGCAAGAAAUGGGUGACCAGGAUAGCCUCUCGGAAAAGGCAGAGCCAGCUGAGGAGGUGGAGGAAGAAGAGGAGGAGGAUGUGGAGGAGGAGGAGGAGGAGGAAGAGGAAGAGGAGGAGGAAGAAGAGGAAGAUGAUGAUGAGGGUUGCAAAGGACUGUUUCCGAGUGAGUUGGAGGAUGAGUUGGAGGACAGGCCCCAGGAGGAAUCUGGGGCUGUGUCAGGCAGCAGCAGCAGCAAAAAGGACCUUGCUCUCUCAAACCAAAGCAUUUCUAACUCUCCCUUAAUGCCUAACGUGCUCCAGACCCUGUCACGGGGCACAGCUUCUACUAGUUCUAAUUCUGCUUCUUCCUUUGUCUUUGAUGGUGCAAACAGGAGGAAUCACUUAAGCUUUAACAAUGAGGGCGGUGGAGCCAAUGUGGCAGAGGGCAGCAGGAGGCUGGACUUUAUCGAUGAAAGUGCCAAUAAAGACAAUGCCACAGCACCAGAACCAAAUGAGAGUGCAGAGGGCGAGGACGGGAGCUACAUCUCCCAUCACCAGCAUGCUGGCCCCCUCUGUGAACUUGGGGGUGGGGAGUGCCCCUCGGGGAGUGGCGUGGAGUGCCCAAAAUGUGACACUGUCCUGGGCUCCUCACGGUCGCUAGGUGGCCACAUGACUAUGAUGCAUUCUCGCAACUCAUGUAAGACACUCAAGUGUCCCAAGUGCAAUUGGCACUACAAGUACCAGCAGACACUUGAGGCGCACAUGAAGGAGAAACAUCCUGAGCCAGGUGGCUCAUGUGUCUACUGCAAAAGUGGACAGCCACACCCGCGGUUGGCACGGGGUGAGAGCUACACAUGUGGUUACAAGCCUUUCCGCUGCGAGGUCUGUAACUACUCCACUACUACCAAAGGCAACCUCAGUAUUCAUAUGCAGUCUGAUAAGCAUCUCAACAACAUGCAAAACCUGCAGAAUGGAGGGGGAGAGCAAGUCUUCAGCCACACUGCUGGGGCAGCCGCAGCUGCUGCAGCAGCCGCAGCUGCUGCUGCAGCAAAUAUUGGUAGCACCUGUGGGGCCCCCUCCCCCACCAAACCAAAAACCAAACCGACAUGGCGGUGCGAGGUGUGCGACUAUGAGACCAAUGUAGCUAGAAACCUUCGUAUUCACAUGACCAGUGAGAAGCACAUGCACAACAUGAUGCUGCUUCAGCAAAAUAUGUCCCAAAUCCAACACAACCGGCACUUGGGCCUCGGUAGCCUGCCGUCGCCUGCUGAGGCAGAGCUCUACCAGUACUACCUGGCACAGAACAUGAAUCUUCCCAACUUGAAGAUGGACAGCACUUCCUCUGAUGCACAGUUCAUGAUGGGGGGCUUCCAGCUGGAUCCCACCAAUCCAAUGGGAACAAUGGCUCCAUCUCUAGUGGGUGUAGAGAUCCCCCUGGACAUGCGGUUAGGUGGCGGACAGCUGGUGUCUGAGGAGCUAAUGAACUUGGGUGAGAGUUUCACACAAACGAACGACCCAUCGCUGAAGCUCUUCCAGUGUGCUGUGUGCAACAAGUUCACUACAGAUAAUCUGGACAUGCUGGGCCUUCACAUGAAUGUGGAGCGUAGCCUCCCUGAAGAUGAGUGGAAGGCAGUGAUGGGGGACUCAUACCAGUGCAAGUUGUGCCGCUACAACACGCAGCUCAAGGCAAAUUUCCAACUCCACUGUAAGACGGACAAGCAUGUGCAGAAAUACCAGCUGGUGGCACAUAUCAAGGAGGGUGGCAAGGCCAAUGAGUGGAGGCUGAAGUGUGUGGCCAUUGGGAACCCUGUACAUCUGAAAUGCAAUGCUUGUGACUACUACACCAACAGUUUAGAGAAGCUGCGUCUCCACACCGUGAACUCGAGGCAUGAGGCCAGCCUGAAGCUCUAUAAGCACCUUCAGCAUCAUGAGAGCGGGGUUGAGGGUGAAAGCUGCUAUUAUCACUGUGUCCUCUGUAACUACUCCACCAAGGCCAAGCUGAACCUUAUCCAGCAUGUGCGCUCCAUGAAACAUCAACGGAGUGAGAGUCUACGUAAGCUGCAACGCCUCCAGAAGGGUCUCCCUGAAGAAGAGGAAGAUUUGGGACAGAUCUUCACCAUCCGGAAGUGCCCAGCUGCUGAUGCUGAAGAAUCCAUUGAAGAUGUGGAAGGGCCUAAUGAAACAGCUGUUGAUGCUGAAGAGCCUGCCAAAGAGCAAGAGAGUGGAGGGGACAAGGACCAGAGUAAAUGGACAGCACCAGCCAGCCAGGCAGAGAAGGAGCUGACAGAGCCUCCAGCAUCCUCUAAACGCAUGUCAUUUCCCAGCAGCUCUGAGUCACCUCUCUCCUUUAAAUGGUCGAAAACUUCAGAGGAGACCAAAUCAGAGCAGAUGUAUCAGUGUCCAUAUUGCAAGUACAGUAACACAGACGUGAAUCGACUGCGGGUGCACGCCAUGACCCAGCACUCAGUGCAACCCAUGCUCCGCUGCCCACUCUGCCAGGACAUGCUGAACAACAAGAUCCAUUUGCAGCUGCACCUCACACAUCUGCACAGUGUGUCACCUGACUGUGUUGAGAAACUCAUCAUGACGGUGACAACACCUGAGGUGAUGAUGCCCAGCAGCAUGUUUCUCCCAGCAACUGCUCCAGACAAAGAUGGGAAUUCCAACACCGAAGAAGCGGGGAAGCAGCCUGAGAUCUCUGAGGACUCAGGAAAGAGCCUUUUGUCAUCUGAAAGUGCAGAGCACAGUGGAGAUCCUAAACCAGUUCCAGCUGAUCAGAGCUCGGCCAGGGAGGAUUCUGGUUUCCUUUGCUGGAAGAAGGGGUGCAACCAGGUGUUCAAAAGUUCAGCAGCCCUGCAGACACAUUUCAAUGAAGUUCAUGCAAAGCGGCCUCAAUUGCCAGUAUCUGAUCGCCAUGUCUACAAAUACCGUUGUAACCAGUGCAGCCUGGCAUUCAAAACCAUUGAGAAGCUGCAGCUCCAUUCUCAGUACCAUGUGAUCAGAGCAGCCACUAUGUGCUGCCUCUGUCAGCGCAGCUUCCGAACCUUCCAGGCCUUGAAGAAGCACCUGGAAACCAGCCAUCUGGAGUUGAGUGAAGCUGACAUUCAGCAGCUGUAUGGUGGUCUUUUGGUCAAUGGAGACCUCCUUGCCAUGGGUGACCCUUCACUUGCUGAAGACCACACUAUAAUAGUUGAAGAAGAUAAGGAGGAAGAGAGUGACUUGGAAGAUAAGCAAAGCCCUACAGGUAGUGAUUCUGGGUCAGUACAAGAGGACUCUGGCUCAGAACCAAAGAGGGCCUUACCCUUCAGAAAAGGCCCUAACUUCACUAUGGAGAAAUUCCUAGAUCCAUCUCGCCCUUAUAAAUGCACAGUUUGUAAAGAGUCUUUCACACAAAAGAACAUUCUUCUGGUCCAUUACAAUUCAGUUUCUCAUCUGCAUAAAUUGAAAAGAGCGCUCCAGGAGUCUGCUACUGGGCAGCCUGAGCCUACUAGCAGCCCAGAUAACAAACCUUUUAAGUGCAACACCUGCAGUGUGGCCUACAGUCAGAGCUCUACUUUGGAGAUCCACAUGAGGUCUGUCCUACACCAAACCAAGGCUCGUGCUGCCAAACUGGAGGCGGCUGGGGGCAGUGGCAGUAGUAAUGGAGCUGGUAAUAGCAGCAGCAGCAGUCUCUCAUUGGGUUCAUCCACGCCAAGUCCGGUGAGCACUAGCAACAGUAAUACUUUUACAACCACCAACACAAGUAAUUCAGGCAUGACUCCCAUUCCCAGCCUACUCAACCAGGUAUCCAGUGACAGUGUGGGAAUUCCUCCCUUGGGCAACCCUGUUAGCACUAAUAUCUCCUCUCCUUCUGAGCCCAAAGAGGUAAACCGGAAGAAGCUGGCAGACAUGAUUGCAUCCAGGCAGCAGCAGCAGCAGCAACAGCAACAGCAACAGCAGCAAGCUCAAACCUUGGCACAGGCCCAGGCCCAAGUCCAGGCCCAUCUGCAGCAAGAGCUGCAGCAACAAGCUGCUCUCCUGCAAUCUCAGCUGUUCAACCCAGCACUUUUGCCGCACUUUCCAAUGACCACUGAGACCCUUCUGCAGCUUCAGCAACAGCAACAUCUUUUGUUUCCUUUUUACAUCCCCAGUGCCGAGUUCCAGCUCAAUCCAGAAGUUAGCUUGCCUGUCACCAGCGGUGCACUGACAUUGACUGGCACAGGUCCAAGCUUGCUGGAGGACCUGAAGGCUCAAGUUCAGCUCCCACAGCAGAGCCAUCCACAACUCUUACAACAGCAGCAAGGUCAGCUGUCUUUGUCACAACCUCACUCUGUCCUUAUACAACAAAGCCAGCACCCAGAGAAGAAAAAUAAAUCUGUAGUGAAGGAGAAAGAAAAAGAAACCCCAAGGGAAAGGGAAAAUACAGAGAGGGGAGACAAUAAUGCAGUGUCUAAGGAACCUCUGCCUGAUAACUUAAAGCCCAAAGACAAGAAAGACUUUGCACCAGGCAAUAAUUCAGAGCCCUCUUUGCUUCCUCCACGUAUUGCAUCUGAUGCAAGAGGGAAUGCCACAAAAGCCUUGCUGGAAAACUUUGGCUUUGAGCUCGUCAUUCAGUAUAAUGAGAACAAGCAGAAGGUGCAGAAGAAAAAUGGGAAGACAGAGCAAGGUGAGAACUUGGAAAAGCUUGAAUGCGAUACAUGUGGCAAGUUUUUUUCAAACAUCCUCAUUCUGAAGAGUCACCAAGAGCAUGUUCACCAACAUUACUUUCCCUUUAAGCAGUUAGAGAGAUUUGCCAAACAGUACAGAGAACACUAUGAUAAACUGUACCCACUAAGACCUCAGACCCCAGAGCCACCACCACCACCUCCACCUCCGCCACCACCACUUCCUCCAGCACCUCCUCAGCCAGCUUCUACUCCUACCAUUCCUACUUCUGCGCCACCUAUUACCUCUCCUACGAUUGCACCAGCCCAGCCAUCUGUGCCGCUCACCCAGCUCUCUAUGCCAAUGGAGCUCCCCAUUUUUUCACCACUUAUGAUGCAAACCAUGCCACUACAAACGUUACCUGCUCAGCUGCCGCCCCAGCUUGGUCCCGUAGACCCUCUGCCUGCCGACCUGGCCCAGUUGUACCAGCAUCAGCUCAACCCUAGCCUUCUCCAGCAGCAGAACAAGAGGCCACGCACACGGAUCACUGAUGACCAGCUCAGAGUCCUUCGGCAGUAUUUUGAUAUUAACAACUCCCCAAGUGAGGAACAAAUCAAAGAGAUGGCGGACAAGUCUGGAUUGCCCCAGAAGGUGAUCAAGCACUGGUUCAGAAAUACUCUGUUCAAAGAACGCCAGCGCAACAAGGAUUCCCCAUACAACUUCAGUAAUCCUCCCAUUACCAGCUUGGAAGAACUGAAGAUAGACUCACGGCCUCCUUCUCCAGAACCUCAAAAGCAGGAGUACUGGGGAAGCAAGCGAUCCUCCAGGACACGCUUUACUGACUACCAACUCAGAGUCCUGCAGGAUUUUUUUGAUGCCAAUGCCUAUCCAAAGGAUGAUGAAUUUGAACAGCUUUCUAACUUGCUGAACCUCCCAACACGUGUCAUAGUGGUGUGGUUCCAGAAUGCUCGUCAAAAAGCUCGGAAAAACUAUGAGAAUCAGGGAGAAGGCAAAGAUGGGGAACGGCGGGAGCUUACAAAUGACAGAUACAUUAGAACAAGCAACUUGAACUACCAAUGCAAAAAGUGCAGUCUAGUCUUUCAGCGUAUUUUUGAUCUUAUUAAACACCAGAAAAAGCUUUGUUACAAAGACGAGGAUGAGGAUGGACAGGAUGAUAGCCAGAAUGAAGACUCUAUGGAUGCAAUGGAGCUCUUGACUCCAACCAGUUCCUCCUGCAGCACACCAAUGCCCUCACAAGCUUACAGCACACCUACAUCUUCAGCUAAUGCAGCCUCCUCAGCUUUUCUGCAGCUCACUGCUGAGGCAGAUGAUUCUUCCACCUAUAGUUCUAAAGCAGAAGCUACAGAUGAGAAACCAAAGCAGUCUGAACCUCCAAGUACACAGCAAAACCAAACUCAAGAGAAGCAAGUGCAACCAAAGCAAGAGUCUCAGCAGCAACAGGACCAAGGAGAACAAAAGACAAGUUCAGCUCACCAAAAGAUUUCACAGUUAUCCUCCCCUUCUUCAUUGCAGCAGCCACCUCCCCCUCCACAACCACCUCAGUGUUCCUUGUCACAGUCAAGCCCAAGCCCCUCUCAGCUCUCACAUCUCUCCCUCAAACCCAUUCACACAUCCACCCCUCAACAGUUGGCAAACCUACCUCCUCAGCUAAUCCCAUACCAGUGUGACCAGUGUAAGCUGGCAUUUCCUUCCUUUGAGCAUUGGCAGGAGCAUCAGCAGCUUCACUUUUUGAGUGCACAAAAUCAAUUUAUCCACCCCCCAUUCCUGGACAGAACGCUGGAUAUGCCUUUCAUGCUUUUUGAUCCCAGUAAUCCACUACUUGCGAGCCAGUUGCUGUCUGGAACAUUACCACAGAUUCCAGCAAGCUCAGCCACUUCACCAUCAACACCAACAUCCACAAUGAACACACUGAAGAGAAAGCUGGAGGAAAAGGCCAGUGCAAGUCCAGGAGAAAAUGACAGUGGGACCGGAGGAGAAGAACCACAAAGGGAUAAACGUCUGAGGACAACGAUUACCCCAGAGCAGCUGGAAAUUCUUUAUCAGAAAUACUUGCUUGAUUCCAAUCCAACACGGAAGAUGUUGGAUCACAUUGCACAUGAAGUGGGAUUAAAGAAACGCGUGGUGCAAGUUUGGUUUCAGAACACCCGCGCACGAGAGAGGAAGGGACAGUUCAGAGCUGUAGGGCCUGCCCAAGCCCACAGACGGUGUCCUUUCUGCCGAGCUCUCUUUAAAGCAAAGACAGCUCUUGAAGCUCAUAUCCGAUCCCGUCACUGGCAUGAGGCCAAGCGAGCUGGAUACAACCUGACUUUGUCUGCUAUGCUCUUAGAUUGUGAUGGGGGACUCCAAAUGAAGGGUGAUAUCUUUGAUGGAGCGAGCUUUUCCCACAUGCCACCAACUAGCAGUGAUGGUCAGAGUGUUCCUCUCUCCCCAGUGAACAAGAGCAUGGAACUGUCACCUCGAACUCUGCUGAGUCCAUCCUCCAUUAAGGUAGAAGGGAUAGAAGACUUCGAGAGUCCCUCCAUGUCCUCAGUCAACCUGAGCUUUGACCAAACAAAGCUGGACAACGAUGACUGCUCUUCUGUCAACACUGCAAUCACAGACACUACAACAGGAGAUGAAGGGAACGCAGACAAUGAUAGUGCAACAGGGAUUGCAACCGAAACCAAAUCAGCAUCAGGACCCAGCGAAGGUUUGACAAAGGCUGCCAUGAUAGCAAUGUCUGAAUAUGAAGAUCGGCUAUCUUCUGGCCUAGUCAGCCCAGCGCCCAGCUUUUACAGCAAAGAGUACGAUAAUGAAGGUACUGUGGACUAUAGUGAAACAUCCAGCCUUGCAGACCCCUGCUCACCCAGCCCUGGUGCAAGUGGUUCAGCCAGCAAGUCUGGAGAGAGUGGGGAUCGGCCUGGACAGAAACGCUUUCGCACUCAGAUGACUAAUCUCCAGCUGAAAGUUCUUAAGUCAUGCUUUAAUGACUACAGGACACCUACCAUGCUGGAGUGUGAGGUCCUGGGCAAUGACAUUGGACUGCCAAAGAGAGUUGUUCAGGUCUGGUUCCAGAAUGCUAGGGCAAAGGAGAAGAAGUCCAAACUCAGCAUGGCCAAGCAUUUUGGUAUAAACCAAACAAGUUAUGAGGGACCCAAAACAGAGUGCACUUUGUGUGGCAUCAAGUACAGCGCUCGACUGUCUGUACGUGACCAUAUCUUCUCUCAACAGCAUAUCUCCAAAGUUAAAGAAACCAUUGGAAGCCAGUUGGAUAAGGAAAAGGAGUAUUUUGACCCAGCUACUGUACGUCAGUUGAUGGCUCAGCAGGAGUUGGACCGGAUCAAAAAAGCCAAUGAGGUUCUUGGUCUGGCAGCUCAACAGCAGGGCAUGUUUGAUAAUACCCCUCUGCAAGCUCUUAACCUUCCUGCUGCAUACCCAGCACUACAGGGCAUCCCUCCAGUCUUGCUCCCAGGCCUCAACAGCCCAUCCUUACCAGGCUUUACUCCAUCCAACACAGCUUUAACUUCUCCCAAACCCAACCUGAUGGGCCUGCCCAGCACAAGCGUCCCUUCGCCCGGCCUCCCCACCUCUGGAUUACCAAAUAAGCAGCCCUCGGCCUCGCUGAGCUCGCCCACCCCAGCACAAGCUGCGGCGGCCGUGGCCCCGCAGCCGCCGCCGGCGACGGCCCCGCCGCCGCAGCCGCCGCCGCCGCAGCAGCCGCCGCCACCGCCGCCGCGCAAGGACAAGGAGAGCGAGAAGGCGAAAGAGAAGGAGAAGGCGCCCAAGGGGAAGGGGGACCCGCCGCCGGGGCCCAAGAAGGAGAAGGGGGAGGCGGCGGCGGCCCUCUCGGCCCCGCUGCCCGCCAUGGAGUACGCGGUGGAGCCCGCCCAGCUCCAGGCGCUGCAGGCGGCCCUCAGUUCGGACCCCACCACCUUGCUCACGAGCCAGUUCCUCCCCUACUUCGUCCCCGGCUUCUCGCCCUACUACGCGCCCCAGAUCCCCGGUGCCCUGCAGAGCGGGUACCUGCAGCCCAUGUACGGCAUGGAGGGGCUGUUCCCCUACGGCCCCGCGCUGUCGCAGGCCCUGCUGGGGCUGUCGCCCGGCUCCCUGCUGCAGCAGUACCAGCAAUACCAGCAGAGUCUGCAGGAGGCGUUGCAGCAGCAGCAGCAGCAGCAGCAGCAGCGGCAGGCGCAGCCGCCGCCGCCGCCGCCCAAGGCGCCGCAGCCCAAAGGAAGCCAAACCCCAGUCCCCGCGGGGGCUGCCGCCCCAGACAAAGACCCUGCCAAAGAACCCCCCAAGCAAGAAGAGCAGAAAAACGCACCCCGCGAGGUGUCCCCCCUCCUGCCCAAACCCCCAGAAGAGCCCGAAGCAGAGAGCAAGAGCGCGGACUCCCUGUGCGACCCCUUCAUCGUUCCAAAGGUGCAGUACAAGCUGGUCUGCCGCAAGUGCCAGGCGGGCUUCAGCGACCAGGAGGCGGCCAGCGACCACCUGAAGUCCCUCUGCUUCUUCGGCCAGUCCGUGGUGAACCUGCAAGAGAUGGUGCUUCAUGUGCCCACUGGCGGCGGCACGGCCGGCGGCCCGUACCAGUGCGUGGCGUGCGAGAGCACGGUGUGCGGGGACGAAGCCCUCAGUCAGCAUCUCGAGUCCGCCCCGCACAAACACCGAACAAUCACCAGAGCAGCAAGAAACGCCAAAGAGCACCCCAGUCUAUUACCUCACUCUGCCUGCCUCCCCGAUCCCAGCACCGCAUCUACCUCGCAGUCUGCCGCUCACUCAAACGACAGCCCCCCGCCCCCCCGGCCCCCCUCGGCUUCCCCCCACGCCGCCAGAAAGCCCUGGCCCCCGGCGGCCCCCCGCGCCCCGCCGGCCAGGCCGCCGCCGCCGCCUUGCCCUCCUCUCUCCUCAUCUUCAACGGUUACCUCAAGUUCAUGCAGCACCUCAGGGGUUCAGCCCUCGAUGCCAACAGACGACUAUUCGGAGGAGUCUGACACGGAUGUUAGCCAAAAGUCAGAUGGACCGGCGAGCCCGGUGGAGGGGCCCCAGGACCCCGGCUGCCCUAAGGACAGUGGUCUAACUAGCGUAGGAAUGGACACCUUCAGAUUGUAAGCUUUGAAGAUGAACAAUAAAAAAAAUGAAUUUAAAUAAAAAAAAUUAAUAACAAACCAAUUUCAAAAAUAGACUAACUGCAAUUCCAAAGCUUCUAACCAAAAAAAGAAAAAGAAAAAAGAAAAAGCGUGGGUUGUUUUCCCAUAUAACAAUGCCGGUGGGUUUUACAUUUUUUUUUUCUUUUAAUAAAAUAAAAAUUAAAAAAAAAAACUGUUACAUUUGUCCUUUUGAAGGUACUGUUGGUCUGGGAGACAAAAGUCCAUACUGCCUCCUUAAUGUCUUUGGAGCUUAAACCCCUUGUAUAUUGCCCCUUUUCAAUAACGCCCCACGUCGAUAGCACAGCAGAGGCCGGCAUGCACUGUAUGGGAAAGCAGCCCACCUUGUUACAGUUUUAAAUUUCUUGCUAUCUUAGCAUUCAGAUACCAAUGGCUUGCUAAAAGAAAAAAAAGAAAUGUAAUGUCUUUUUAUUCUCAGGUCAAUCGCUCACACUUUGUUCUGUUUUCAGAAUCAUUGUUUUAUAUAUAUAUAUAUAUAAUUUCCUUUGUUUGUUUUGGGGUUUUUUGUUUUGUUUUUGUUUUUGUUCCAGAAAAGGAUUUUUUUUUUUUGUUAAUUUAAAAUGGGCAGAAAGUAUUCAAGAGAAAAACAAUGUGAACUGCUUUAGCUUUUUGGGGAUUUUAAGGGUAGCUUUUCUGCUGAAGCCAAUUUCAAGGGGAAAAGUUAAGCACUCCCACUUUUCAGAAACAAAAACACACACAAAGAGUGUUGAGGACUCGGAGCUUAAAAAAAAUAAGUUUUAAAACAACUGACUUUCUGUAUUUAUGAUAGAUAUGACCAUUUUUGGUGUUGAGUAGAUUGUUGCAUUGGAAAUGAACUGAAGCAGUAUGGUAGAUUUAAAAGAAAAAACCCUUUUGUGUACAUUUAGCUUUUGUAUGGUCCAGCUGACGGCUUCUCAUUUGAUGUUGUCUUGUUCAUUCCUAGCCAGAUAGAUUGCGAUCCAUUGACUCGCCUAAGCUUUUCUCCCCUUUGUACCUUUAUUCCCCAUUUUCCCCAUCCUGUAAUCUUCCACUUAUGGUUGCUACCUUCAUUUCUUAGAGGGUGGUUGCAUAAUUAUUUUAUAAAAACUAAAGAAAGAAGUUCAAAGGGUUUUGGGGGUCAGUAGGAUCCCUUGCAGAAUAUUUUUUGUUGGGGGUUUGAAACUUUUUAAGGCGUAUACAUACGAUUUACCUAUGUCUGUUACCCUUGUGCACUUAUCUCUUUCUUAUUUUCCAUUUUUCCUUUUUUUUUCCUCUUCUUUUCCUCAUUUUGUAAAUGCUUCAAAGACUCUGUUCUUAAACUAUAAGCAUUUGUUUCUGUUUGUGUAAUUAGGCUGCACUCUGUUCCUUCUUUUAAAAAAAAAGUUUUUGUUACUUUUUUUUUUCUCUAAAGAAAAUUCAUGCUUUAAAUAAAAUCCAAAGACAUACCCUUUCACCACUGGUGCAGAAUGAGCAAAAAGGAUUCUUUUUACUUGAGAAUUUGUUUCUGAUUUAAACAAACAAGUCUAAGUUUAAAUAAAGAAAAGAAUAAAAAAAGUACCCAGGUUGUUAUCUGUGCUUCUUCUGCAAGCAGAGAGACAACUCUUAACGAAAAUUCCACAUACCAAAAGACAAGUUUCUAUCUCAAAGUUUUGUCCUUGUGUUAGGCAGUCUGAGUGGUGAGUGACCCAGAGGUGCAGCCCGAAAAGAGUCCGAUAGCAAUGUACAGAAAGCCGAGAGGAAACUGUAUGUGAGGCACUUGUGUUCAUGUUGAUCUCUGUAUUCCUGUUUGUGGAAGAGACACCUACAUAUGCACACACGCACGCACGCACGCACGCACACACCCGCCUUCUACGGUCUGGACUUUGAAAGGAAAACUGUGCUGCUAAAACGUAGAUCUUGGAGACCGGUAGACGCUUGCUGUUUCUCUUCCGUAGCCAAACGUCAACAGAAACUAUCUCCUCCCCCUACCCCUCCUCUGCCCCCAAAAGUGUGAAGUUCUUCUUCCCCGUCAUCCUCAUCCUCCUCAUGUUUCGAAAGGGAACGUCGAAGACUGUGAAUGCAGGUUCAUGGUUCACCCUUGGCUUCUUUUCCCAGUGCUGAAGCCGCUCAUCGACUCUGCAAGAGACUGGAGCAUUCCAAGAUAACGAAAAACAGAUUUCAUUUUUUAGCGGGACUCUUUAUUUUUAUGAAUUUUUGGUUUUAGUUUAAUGAAAGACUAGAUCCUGAACUGUUGUACAUAUUUCUAACUAGGCUAAUGCACAGUGCAAAUUCCUUUUUUAAUUGUUUUUUAAGUAGACAAUACUGAAGAGAGUACCAUCUAAUAUUCCUACCAGUAUCCAGUUGUAGCAUAAGGUGUCAAAAACAAGUACACAGAACGUUCGCUGUUUUAACAAACUGUUUCUUUUAACAAAAAUUCUUGUAUUUCUCCCCGUGUUUGAGAUGAACAUUUUUUAAAUUCUAAAGUUGUACAGUUUUUGUUUUCCAUUAUUUUAUCUUGUUUGUAAUUCUAUGAAAUAUA